GAAAGCUUAUGCCCAAAUAAAUGUGUUAGUCUCUAAGGUGCCACAAGGACUCCGAACCAGAAUUGGCGCCAAUAGCAUUAGGCUCAUCCAAUCCGACUCCCGUGUCAAUCAUAUGUGAUCUCAGUGGAGAGCAGCAGCAGUAGAUGCGACAGCUGGUUCAAUCCUUUCCAGCCAUGCUAUCGUCCUGCCCUGGAUGCAUGAACCUAACAUACCAUCACAUAGCCACCAGCCCAGGGCAGAGGGUCGAAGACUAUCAUCAGCCAAUACACCAGAAGAUGUGGGUAAUCAUCCAAGAGGAGCUCAAAGCAAUGCUGGCCCUGGGGGUUAUAGAAGAGUCUUGAAGGGAGUGGAGGAGGCCUGCUGUAUUUGGGUCAAUGAGAUUCUGCAUCGACUUUCAGAAAGCUGGUGCUGUCUUGCACUUUGAUGCUUACCCAAUGCCCCAAGCUGCUCAAACCUCUAGGGAAUUUAUAUCCAGGCUGAACUGGACAAAGGGAUACUGGCAAAUUCUCCUGACCCCAACAUCACAGGAGAAAACAGCCUUUGCCACUCCUUUUCCAGGUUAUAACCAUGCUGUUCCGACUCCAUGGGACCGCAGCGACCUUCCAAUAGCUAACGGACCAGCUGCUGCAACCUCAUAACCGGUACACAGCAGCUUAUGUUGCUGAUACUGCGAUUUUCAGUACUAGCUGGAAAGAUCAUCGACGACACCUCACCGCAGUGCUGCAAACACUCCGGGAAGCCGGGCUAACUGCAAACCCAGCUAAAUGUCACCUAGGGCAAAGGGAGAUGACAUACCUAGGGUACAUGGUGGGACGGGGUCAGUUGCAUCUGCUUGUGGAUCAGAUCUGAGAGACUGCCCAUGACCAUGAGGCAGGUGAGGCAGUUCCUCUGGCUGACUAGCUACUACAGGCACUUUGUGCCCGAGUUCACCACCCUAGCUGCUCCCCUUACAGAUAAGAUGAAAAACUCCCGGCCAUGAAAAGUUCAGUGGUCAAAGGAGUGUGAACAAGCCUUCCAGGCCCUAAAGGGCCAGUCGAGCCAGGAACCAGUCCUGUUCCAUCCCGGUAGCGGGAUGGGGAGGCGCACCCCAUACUUUACUUAAGCAGGACGUUAGUCCCCCAUGAAACGAAAUAUUCUACAAUCGAAAAAGAGGCCCUGGCAGCCAAGAGGGCAGUUGAAGCCCUAUGGUAUUACCUGCUGGGGUGCCCUUUCCACCUCAUCACCGACCAUGCACCCUUUUGGUGCAUUAACUCCACAAAGGACCCCAACGCCAGGGCUAUGAGGUGGUACCUCUCCCUCCAGCCCUACGAGUUCUAGGUCCUUCAUGGUCUGGGUAGGGCUCGUGUGAAUGCUGACCUUUUCUCCUGAGGGAGAGGGGGUGACACCAGCCCUAACUUGAGGGGGCGGAUGUGUGACAGGGUGUAUAAACCCAGCACUGGUCAGGAGGGGGGUAACAAAUCACUUUGGGCAGAGGAGGCCACGCCUUCUCGUCCCUGCUGCGCGUGCUCCUGGUGGAGGGAACAAAUACAAGGCGACUGGUCAGUUCAGUCGGGGCUGGCUGAGGAGGAGGAUGGACACGCCGCAGGCUCCUGCUGAAGAACUGUCAGCUCUCCAGACUGCCGAGGGGCAUAUCCUAGCCUACCCCUCAGAGGGUCCACCAGCUAUGGAGCCCGACGGAGACGCCAAGCCGCUGCCCAGGGAAGACAAACCUGUGGGAGGCUCAAGGGCUCAGAAAGGGACCCUCCCAGGAGCAGAAGGGAAGCGGGCAGGGUGCCAUGGAGGAGCAGGGCACGGGACUGGCCAAGCGGCUGGGCACGCUGCUCUCGGGCCUGCUGGAAUGCAUGUGCUUUGCCGGCGUCAUCUUCGGCUGGGCCUCGUUGGUGUAUGUGCUCAAGGACUUUCACUACUUCGAGGAGCUGUGUGUGCCGGCGGCUAACGGCACGGGCAAUGGCACACAGGGCCCAGACUGCCGGGCGCAGGACGAGCAGCUGUCCCUCGUCUUCACUGUCGGCUCCUUCAUGAAUAACUUCAUGGCCUUUCCUACCGGCUACAUCUUUGACCGCUUUGGCACCAUGCCGGCCCGCUUGCUGGCCAUAUCCCUCUACACCGGCGGCACGCUGCUUAUUGCCUUCUCCACGGCAGCCACGGCGCUGAUCCUCUUCCCAGCUAUGUGUCUGCUCUCCAUUGGCGGGAUCCUCCUCAUCCUCACCAACAUGCAGGUGGGGAACCUGUUUGGGAAGCACCGCUCGACCAUCAUCACCCUCUACAAUGGGGCCUUCGACUCAUCCUCUGCUGUCUUCCUUGUGGUCAAGCUGCUGUCCGAGCAAGGCCUGACCCUGCGAGAAAUGUUCCUCUUCCUCUCGGCCUGCAGUGCCUGGCACCUGACCCGCACCUUCUUCCUGAUGCCUAGGUGGCACAUCCCCUACCCGCUGCCCCCAGGAUACGCAUAUGGGCUGAGGUGCCGGAGGCAGGGGUGCUCUUACCGUACCCACGAGGAGCAGCGGCCAGGCCUGGGCGAUGGAGCCCACGAGCCCAGCGACCCGUACUUGGAGCCAGGCCCGGGAGGCGCCGAUGCCGGCAAAGCCCUCAUGGGCAAAGGAGAGUCGGGGGCCGGGCCCGGCCAUGGAGAGCCCCCUGGCAUGUCUUUCCGGGCCUGUGUCUUCUCCAAGCUCUUCUUCUGGCACCUCAUGUGGCUAUCGGUGAUGCAGCUGCGGCACUACCUCUUCAUCGGCACCCUCAACCCCAUGCUGGAGCACCUGGCUGCCCGCGACACCGCGCUAGUAAGCACCUACACCAAUGCCUUCGCCUUCACCCAGCUCUGUGGGGUCCUGUGCGCCCCCUGGAAUGGGCUCAUCUUAGACCGGCACAAGCGCGGGAGGAGCAAGGAUGGCAGUGCCAAAGGUGGCUCGGACUCCCUGGCGGACCUGCGCUCCUGCGUCCUGUCGCUGGCUGUGACAGUGCUGCAGUGUGUAGCCUUCUCGGUGUGCGCCUCUGUGCCGGUGCUGCCUGUGCAGUACGCCACCUUCAUCCUGCAGGUGCUGAGCCGCUCCUUCCUGUACGGGGGCAAUGCCGCCUUCCUGGCCAUCGCGUUCCCGCUGGAACAUUUCGGGAAGCUCUAUGGGCUGGUGAUGGGCCUGUCAGCCGUGGUGUCACUCCUCCAGUACCCCUGCUUCGCACUCAUCAAGGGACCGCUCAGCGACGACCCCUUCUAUGUGAACAUUGGCCUCAUCGUCGUCGUCCUCCUGGCCUUCGUCAGUCCGCUGGUGGUGCUGCGGGAGUGCCAGCGCCGGGAGAGGGAGCAGGAAAAGCAACAUGUCGACUCACCCUCCCUGACCCUGGCCAAGGCUGGGGUGGAGUCCUCCAUCUGACCCCCCCCCACAGGGAUCUUCAGGGGCUGCUCCCCCCAAAAGGGAAUGAGGAAAGGGAAUUAGCAGUGCAGGCUGAGCCCCAGCCAAUCCGUAGCUGUGUCCCUCCAGCCCAGCAUUGUCACCAUCAGCCAGCCAGGCACUCGCUCCUCUCCAGGGGCAGGGUGGUGGGUCAUGUUGGGCUAUUUUUACAGAUACUUGAUUUUCUAGGUUUUUGUAUAGCCCGGUCGGUAUAAAUCCAGCCUUUCCCUCUCCCUGAGCCCAGGGUGCGCGGCGGGGGGAGUGGGGGCGGGAAGUGUGUUACAGUUCCCCUAUCGGCAGGGUGUAUUUCAAUCCCCCCAUUUCCUUCUCUUUGACUACAGAGAUUUUAUUUCUGUGCUUCUUUGUAAAAGCGAGGGAAUGGGACGCCCCGGCGCCUUCCUCCCUGAAAUCACAUAAACGCUAGCGAGGAACUAA